ACCGAAAAAAAAUUUAUUAGAGAAUACCAAGAACAGCACCCCAACUGUAAGAAAAAGCCCAAACCAGAACCAAGCCUAGUCAAUAUAAAUACCAAUAAACCCUCUGCAUUUCUAGGGUUUCAUAUCCACACCAAAAGAGUAGGUAAGAGAAAGGAGCCGCCUGCUGCCGAACCUCAAGAGAAACAAAUCGAAAUGGCGAGAAUCAAGGUCCACGAACUGAGACAAAAAACAAGGGCAGAGCUUUUGAACCAGUUGAAGGACCUCAAGGCUGAGUUGGCACUCCUUCGCGUCGCUAAAGUUACCGGUGGCGCUCCUAACAAGCUUUCCAAAAUCAAGGUGGUGAGGUUGUCAAUUGCACAAGUAUUGACAGUGAUUUCACAGAAGCAGAAGGCUGCACUGAGGGAGGCAUACAAGAACAAGAAAUUCUUGCCACUUGAUUUGCGCCCCAAGAAGACCAGAGCUAUCCGCAGGAAGCUUACCAAGCACCAGCUAUCAUUGAAGACAGAACGUGAGAAGAAGAGAGAGAUGUACUUCCCCAUGAGAAAGUAUGCUAUUAAGGUGUAGGGUUUUAUCUGCUAAAUAGGCUGUUAUGAUUUCUUGCAAUUAUAAAACCUUGUUGGUGACAAGUUUUGACUUGAAUUAAAUUUUUGUUAUGCUUGUGAACUAGAGCUUUCUUUAUUUAAAUCUUAUGCCUGUAAUCUUGGAAGGGUGUAUCUCAUUCUAAGAGGUGCUAGAUUCAUAUUGGAAUGGUGUUAGGUGCAGAAGUUUUUUCAUGUUUUUUGAAAUCCUUAUAUUCGAAUUUUGCCCUUGGAAUUUUGUCUAAUUUGUCGAUUUUGAUCCA